UGCUUACAGACUCAUGAAGUCUCGAGUCAUUGCUAUAGAUACUAGCUUCUUUAGAAUAAUCACUGAUUGUAAACAAGCUAAUGUCAGAAUAGAAGAUCUGACAGAAAAGGAAGCAAAGCAGAGGUCAUAUGCAACACCUAUCCAUGUACAUUUAAUACUAUGUUGAAUCAAUAUUCCAUUGAAUAAACAUGGACGAAGAAGAAAGGAACUACUGUUGCCUGGCCUUACUUCUGUUAAGAGUAGGAAAUCCAUGUCUGCGUCGUUACUUCAAAAAUCAGUGGAAUGCUGCAGUAAAAUACAUACCUUGGACUGACUGUGCUCAGAAUGGAGCUGACCUGCUGCGGAUGUUUAAGCCUCUUCCAUAUGAAAAGAAUGCAGUGAGAUCUGGUGAUACAUCACAAUGGGACAUGUCUCUUUUGGUCAAAACUCUACUUUAUUCACGGCCACCAUUUGUUGUAGCAGCUAAUCUGGUAGCAGCCCUUAAAACGUUAAAAGAAAUGCGAAACAAGUUGUGCCACUCUCCAAUUCCAAGGGUUGAAGCUACUGAUUUCCAAACAUCAUGGAGGGAUGGAUGUCAUGCACUGAGCUUAUUUGGUGCUACUGCUGGGGACUUUGAUAAAGUGGAACAAGGUGAGUGUGAUAUUUCAGAUAGAUCACAUCCAUCAUGUAUAUCAUUCAGCACUAUUUACAGUCAUGUAGUCAUGGAAUAGAGUAGGAAUAGAAUGGAUUAGAACAGAAUGAAAUAAAACGUAAGAAAA